UUUUUUAGUCAACAAUAACUGAAAAAUAAUUAAAAAUGGUUCGUAAACUCAAGUUCCACGAGCAGAAGCUGCUCAAAAAGGUGGACUUUAUCACAUGGAAGAUUGACAACAGUGGCAAGGAGAACAAGAUACUCAGGCGCUUUCACAUACAAAAGAGAGAGGAUUACACCAAGUACAACAAGUUAUCCAGGGAGAUAAGGGAACUGGCCGAGAGGAUAGCCAAGUUAGACGCCUCAGAGCCCUUCAAGGUGGAGGCCACCACCAUGCUCCUGAACAAACUGCACACCAUGGGAGUCUCCAACGAUCAGCUAACUUUGGAGACCGCGGCCAAGAUAUCCGCCAGUCACUUUUGCCGCCGUCGUCUGCCCGUGAUCAUGGUGAAGCUGCGAAUGUCGGAGCACCUGAAAGCCGCCACAGACCUUAUUGAACACGGUCAUGUUCGUGUGGGUCCCGAAAUGGUAAAGGAUCCCGCCUUUCUGGUCUCCCGGAACCUCGAGGACUUUGUCACCUGGGUGGAUGGCUCCAAGAUCAAGGAGCACGUACUCCGAUACAAUGAUUUGCGUGAUGACUUCCAAAUGUAAACCCUAUUUUUAAGAUUCCCAAAAACCUAAUAACUAGAAUAACUAAUAAAACCAAUUGCAACUUUGUUAAAUAA